AUGGAAGAGUUAUCGAGAAAGUUGGGAUUUUCAAGAAUUGUUUGUGUGAGUGCUAAUGGUUUGGCUGGAGGAUCGUGUCUGAUGUGGAAUAACAGCAUAAAUUUGGUGAUUAACUAUUUCUCUGAGGGGUUUUUUGAAGCUACAAUUUGGGAUUAUCAAAACCAAUUACACUGGAAAUUAUUUGCAAUCUAUGGCACACCUUAUCUGAAUGCAAAAGAGGCUUUUUGGAAAGGUAUGGAGGUGGAAUUCUCUUCCUGCCAACUUCCUUGGGUGUUGAUAGGUGACUUAAAUUGUAUUGGUAGUCAAGAGGAAAAAGUUGGUGGUAGAAAAGUGACUUCGGUGGAUACUAAAUGGCUGAGAAAUUUCAUGGGCAACACUGGCGGUAUCGACUUGCAAUUUAUAGGUAACAAAUUCACUUGGCAAAAUAAUAGGUUCUCUGGGGGACUUAUUAGAGAGAGACUUGAUAGAGCUUUGUGCUCCCCAGAUUGGAUCGUGGAAUAUGCUUCUGCUGGGGUGAGAAAUCUGCCUAUUGCGAUCUCGGAUCAUGCUCCCAUUAUUCUCGAUUCGCACCUAUUUGCAGCAAAGGGAUUCAUCCCUUUUCGAUUCUAUGAAGCUUGGUCUUGGGAAGAGUCUUGCAAGAUGGAAAUCGAAAAGAAUUGGCUUUCCUCAGGUGACAACGCUACUAACUCCUUUAUUCGUAAUGUCCAUAAUAUAAAAGUGGUUUUACAAGCCUGGAAGAAGACUCACAGAGGCGUAAAUGAGAGUGACAUUAGAUUAAUGGAGAAUAGAUUGGCUUGGAUACAGUAUCAGCCGAAUCCUGAAGUUUUCAAGGAAGAAGAGGCAGUUAUUCAAGCAAAGUUGGUUGCCUCUUGGUCUAAACUUGAGAGUAUGUGGCGACAAAGGUCUAGGGAGACGUGGCUGUCAUUGGGAGAUCGAAACACAAGGUUUUUUCAUGCUGCAACAGUCAUAAAGAAACGAAGGAAUAAUAUAUGGGUGAUUAAAGAUAGCUGUGGCAAAGUUUGGAAGGAUAGAAAACAGGUUGCUGAAGUUAUAAAUCUUCAUUUCAAGGAGCUUUUUACUUCGGGCAGGCCAAGUAUUGAUGAUACUUUUGACGAAUUGUUCAUUAAAAGGGUCGAUAAUAUUGCAAAUGAAAACUUCGUUAAGGUUCCUUCGGAAAAGGAAGUUAAGGAAGUAGUGUUUGAUUUACAUCCCCUCAAGGCCCCGGGUCCAGACGGGUUUUCAGGUUGUUUCUUCAGAAAGUAUUGGGAUAUAGUGGGAGCUAAUUUAGUAGCCUCUGUUCAGGAAUUUUUCACUAUGGGAGUCAUGAAUCCUAAACUCAACAAUACCUUCAUUUGCCUCAUUCCAAAAGUAGAGUUCCCCAUGAGCAUGGAUCAAUUUAGACCGAUAAGUUUAUGCAAUUUUUCCUAUAAGGUUAUUGCAAAAAUCUUAUCCAAUAGAUUGAGGCCACUCAUGAAUGAGUUGAUUUCCCCGUUCCAAUCUGCCUUUAUCCCUGGUAGGUGGAUUGGAGAGUCAUCUAUACUCACUCAGGAGAUAAUUCACAAGAUUCGACACAAGAGAGGCAAGGGAGGGCUUAUGGCAAUGAAACUCGAUAUGCACAAGGCGUAUGAUAAAAUGGAGUGGACUUUCUUAGACAAAGUUCUCGAGGCAAAUGGUUUUGAUGAGAGGAGUAGAAAGCUGUUGAUGUCGUGUGUCUCUAGUGUCUCUUAUUCAGUCCUUUUGAACGGAAGUCCUCUUAAAAAGAUAGUCCCGCAGAGAGGAUUAAGGCAAGGAGACCCCAUGUCUCCUUUCUUAUUUCUUCUUUGUCAGGAGGUUCUAUCUAAACUUGUUCGGAGAGCUGAAGAAAGAGGCACGGUUCAUGGUAUAAAGAUCGCUCUAGCAGCCCCUCCAGUUGCACAUCUCAUGUUUGCCGAUGACACGAUUCUUUUUGCUAGAGCAAAUGAAAAUGAAGCUAGGGCCCUAAUUGAGUGUAUAUCAACCUAUGAGAGAUGGUCGGGCCAAACCUGUAGCAAACCCAAAUCAAGUGUCUUAUUUUCAAGUAAUCUCUGUAGUGCCAGGAAAGAUAAUAUGCUGAAAGCUUUGAAUAUAGCCCAAGUGCGAGGUGACGAACGACAUCUAGGAAACCCCUUUAUUUUUAAAAGAAGAAAAAGGGAGGAUUAUAUGAGGCUCAAGGAGAAUUUGAUGAAGAAAAUGGAAGGUUGGAAGGUGAAGCUUCUGUCUCAAGCUGGGCGCUUAACUCUUAUAAAAUCCGUGACUUCAGCAAUGCAUAUCUAUGCCAUGUCCACUUCAAAGAUUCCUUUGUCAACAUGUCGUGAGUUAGACUCGCUGAUGAGAAAGUUCUGGUGGUUAGGAAAUGUUGAUAAGUCUAAAUACAUGGCCUUUAAAGCAUGGGAUAAAAUUUGUCAACCGAAGAGUUCAGGAGGUUUGGGUUUGAGGAAAUGUGAGGAUAUGAACCAAGCUCUUUUAUCUAAGCUGGCUUGGAGUCUUGCUACAAAGGAGGACAAGCCAUGGGUAACUUGUUUAUUGGGAAAAUACUGCAAUAGUGACAGUUUCUGGUGUACCAAGCAAAAGAAUAAUGAUUCCUAUCAAUGGAAAUGUAUUCUGGAAACUAGAACUAUAAUUCUCAAAGGCUCGCUGUCGGUUGCUGCAUCAGGAUCUUCAAUUAAUUUCUGGAGCCAGCCAUGGAUCCCAUGGCUAGACCAUUCAGAGUUUGGAGUACUAAUGGAGAGCUUGAGAGGUAAGGAUUAUACAAUUCAAACUUUGAGUGACAUUUCCCUGGGAAAUGAUUGGAAUUCAGAGAUGGUUUUUCAGUUAUUUGGAGAGGAAUUAGGAACUCGAAUCAUGAAUAUUCCUAGAAUUCCUUUCCCACACAUGGAUCAAGUCUUUUGGAAACAAAACCAAGUAGGAAAUUUCUCUGUGCGAGCAGCCUAUAAUACUGCAAUUAUGGAUAGAAUUGAACCACAGGAGGAGGUUUGGAAAUGGAUUUGGAAGGGGGGCAUCCAUCCUAGGAUCUCAGUUUUCUUAUGGAGAGCCCUGUCUGAAGCUAUUCCUACAAAGAAUCGGCUUCAUUUUUUACAGGACAAAACUUGCAAUUUAUGUGGAGUAGAGGAUGAAAGUGCCUGCCAUACUCUUUGGAAGUGUAGUUUCUCAAAAGCUAUCUGGUUCGGAUGUCGUCUGGCGCUGAAAUUGGAAGAUCUUCCAGCUGAUAAUGUGCUCAUCAUGUUUAAGACUUUGUUAGAUAAUAUGGGGGGCGCUGAUAGGAAGGAACUGAUCACCUAUUUAGGAUGUAUCAUGACUGAAAUCUGGCACCAGAGAAAUAUCUGCUGCAUCAAGAACCAAGAAGUCAAUGUGCAAAUGGUCUUGGCAAGAAUUGAAAAGAAGGCAGAGGAGUUGAUGCCUUCCAUGUCUGCAACUCCCAGCCUUAUCCAUAUUGAUGGUAAUUUAGAUGUUAUGGGAAGGCAUAUAAUGGAAGAGCCCAGUGGCACUAUGGCUAGCAACACCUCUUCUGUUUCAUGCAAUUAUGCAUUUACUGAUGCAUCCUGGGUGAAGGACACUGCUGGUAUAGCUGCAAUUUCUGUGGAGAUAUCAUCAGGUCGCUGGUUCGCUAAUGCGCAUAAGAUAAGGGCGGAAUCAGCUUUGGAAGCUGAGUUUACAGCGAUCAUUCUUGCUCUGAACAGGGCUCGUGAUGCAGGUUGGAAGGAAGUGCGCGUUAUAUCGGACUCAAAAAUUGCAGUACAAGCUUUAACUACUAAUUCUCUUCCGGACUGGAAAGUUGCUAGUGUGUUUUAUUCAUCUUUAAACUUAGCAAAAAAGUUUCAGAUGUGUUGUUUUUCUUUUAUUAAGCGUAGUUGUAAUGCUUUGGCUGAUGGUGUAGCUAAAAGUGCUAGGAUCUCUAGUGAUUUGGCAAUUUUGUACCAAGGGGAGGGCAAUCCCCCUGUGAUUCCCAUCAAUUUUCUUAAUUAA